GCGGUAGCGCACAGGUCCGGCUGUCAGUUAGUCAUCGACUACGACCAGUGACAGGUGUGCAGUUCGAUUGUCCUCGAAGCUUUGUUUCUUCACCGCUGGCGACUUGUGCGACGACCGAAUGGGAAGAAGUGAAGCGAAAGGUACUACAAUUGAUCGCAAAUUUAAUUUGUUGCCGGUGAUUAAAAUUUCACCCGUUCGCCAGCCAGCAUCCAGACUCCUGCUAGCUCGUAGUAGCUUCUAAUCAAUUCAGCUGCUCCCGGCGAAGAAUUAUAUUCAAAUUUAGCGCAGACUGCGGGACCUUUCACCGGCGUCGCCUCGGCGCAUUGUUCGAUAUCGCGUGAGCUGGAUGUUGAUACCAGUGGAAAUUGAUUCGCACCCUAGAGUUGAACCAUAAUUCACCGAAGUGUAUCUAUUUAUUCAAAUAUCUGUGUGUGUUUCUGAACGUGUUUGUGUUCAUUUGUUUGUUAUAGGUUGAGAAAAGAAAUUGUGUCCCAUUGGUGGAAGAAAAGUGAACUGGUGAAUAUUUAAAUUCAGUAUUUGUGUGUGUGUUUUUUUUGUUGGCUUCGCACGCACCAUCCAUCCAACUGAGAAGAAAGUGAAAACAAACUUGGGACGGCCGGUAGCACAGGUGUGGAGACGCCCUCCAGUGGCAACGAUUUACCGGGCGAGGAAAGUUUAAACAACAAGUGAAAUUCCAACCUUCAUCAUGAAUCGGCUGCGAGUGUUCAACUUUAUGCUGUUUGCAUUCUGCUUUUUAUGCACAAUUCGGCAGUUGGAGAGUACCUGUGUGCUAGAUUCCGACUUUGGAUUCAUACUAAACUGUGCCUUCAAAAAGUCCGGCCUGUUUCGAGUGCGGAAUCUCGGGGGCGUGAAGGCGACCUUCGGGUUAGGUCUGAGCGUGGGCGAUGAACUGGGUCUAGCCGAGUCGCUGGGAAACGUCGAGGGCAGCAAGAGGCGUGCACUGAACGUCCGGACCAAUGUCAACAACAUCGGAGUGCUGCCCGCAUCGAAAAUGCCGGCUUCCUACCCGCCUCCAAUCCAGCAAAGCCGUCCACAGGCACUGACGGUCCGGCCAGCGCUAAAGCUUUCCCCAAAUACAAUUGCAGCUCCCCAGCGGCCAACAACCGGUACGCCACUGUACGUGUCUCCGGCAACGAAUUUAAUGACGAAAGCGACUUCCUUACCACUGGGUGUACCCGCUUUCAAACCUCUCCCUAAAACCGACCCGGAACCGGUGAGAUAUAAUCCUCCCAUGCUGCCAGCUAGCUUCUCCCUUAAAACUCCUCAAACGCCCGACAUUUCCUUCCAGAAUCAGCUCAUGAAUCAGACCUCUUCCUUCCACCGUCCGUCCCGAAUCACCGUUGCCGCCCCGAACCAACACGUUAUCUAUAAGGAUGCUUCGAUCCAGGUGCAGCAGGUUCCGGCCUUCCACGCAAUGCCCGAUUCUGUGUCCCGCAUUUCCACCGGCCCGGUCAUCCAAAUAGAUAACAAGCUGUCGGAGCCUGCGAUAAAGAAUUCCAUCGUAACGAUUCCACCACGGCAUGACGUUGUCAAAGGUUCGACCAUUGUCGAUGGUGUCGAUUUGAUGGGACACACCGUGGAAGAGCUGGCCGCUGCCGCUAACGUCAGUGUGGAAGUCAUUCGGGAAGCAAUCCGCGUUCGCAAGCAGGAAAUUAUCGCCCAACAGCAGCAGCAAAAGCAGCAGGCCCACAUCGUGCAAGCGCAAAUCCUCGCCGCCCAACAGGCAACCUCAACAUCGACAUCGACCACGACAACGUCCACUACUCCCCGGCCACGACGCUAUCCGACGCGAUCUGGGCAUAAGGUUAUGAACGCGCCCAAGGAAUACUACCCGGUAGGUUACGACAAGAACUUUGACGAUAACUUCACCUCCAAGGUGGACCUGCCAUACACGACGUUCAACUGCGGUGAGCAGAAGCAUUUCCCCGGUUUGUACGGCGAUGAAGAUCUUGGCUGUAUGGUCUUCCACGUGUGCGCCCUCACCGACGACGGACUGAUCAUGAAGUCGUUCCUCUGCCCGGAGAGCACCCUGUUCGAUCAGACCAUCCUGAAGUGCAACUGGUGGUUCUACGUGGACUGCAAGAGCAGUAAGACGCUGUACGACUCGAACCUGCCGGUGUCCAAGAGCUACCAACUGAUGAAGGCCCUCUCCUUCUUCUCGGCGAAUUACAAAAAUCCCACGUCUGUGGAAUCGGUCGAUUUGGAAGCACUGAAGAACAGCGUAGCUGGUAACAGCACCACCACCACUACUACUACUACGGCUCCGGCGGCUAGCGGUCGGUCCUCUGGUAGGGUCACCACGAAGGCACCCGCCUCGACGGCGAAGGUGGAAAUACAUGGAAAAUCUUCCUCCUCCGUGCAGUCGACGGUGAAAAUCAACUAGACGGUAGCGUGUAGUAUUUUUCCCCGUGGGGAAGACAAAAAAGGUUGAAAGGGAUGCUAUUGGUGUUUUUUUUUUCUGUGCUCACCAAGUUUCUAGGGUUGUUUGAAUUUUUUUGCUUUUGUUUGUUGGUUUGAUUUUAACCAUUUCAAACCUAUCAGUCUGGUAAAAUGGUUCUAAAGAGAGAUAGCGAGAAAGAGAGAAAAAUAUUUAUUUUAUUGCCCUUGGUUGUAGUUCAAUUUUUUUUCUUCCUCACCAACGAACUAAGCCAACAGUUAGUUUGUAACACAAUUUACAAUAUAGCAAAAAAAGUAGAAGAAAGUGUUUUGCAUUAGGGACAAACGAACAAGUCAUAAAAUAGUUGCUAAAUUAUAUUUUUUUAAUGUUAGGGAAGCUGAACGGAACCGGACUUUUUUCGUUCAAACUAUGAGAAGCCAUAGUUCUUCUACUGUUAUUUUAUGAUUUAAAAGUAAAUCUGAUAACGUUUGUUGCUAGCGUCCGUUUCCGGAGAUUUCCUGCGUCGCUGGGGUUUUCACGUCAAUUCGCCGUGAAACGUUGCUUACUAUCAAAGCAAAUCUAAGAGAAUGCUGUCAACGUCAUAGACGAGUUUGCGUGAAAUUCCUCUACUGCUGGUGAGGUGCAUUUUUCGUAUUCGCCCGACUGGUAUACUAUCCGCACAGCACAACGGUGAAAUAAAGCAUCAACAGGCAGCGCAAGAAAUCUCUCCCCAGUGAAAGUAGCCAAUAAAAGCAUACAACUAACUAGAAAACAGAGAUUAUUACAAGAAUACUUUAAUGUUGUAGUACGAUUAUCUUGCAAAAAAUAGGUGAAGCUUCUCGACUAGCAGAAUAGACGAAAAAAAAAACAAAAAAAUAAACAAAGACGAAGAAGAUUGUGUCAAAUCUACACACAUCAAAGCUGCCAAAAUGUUACUGAUUGCAACUGCUAUUACUAGUAGGUAUCGUUAUCUACCUUGUACUUAUUUGUUAGAUCGGUUUAAGAUUAUUUAUUUGUACACUUUUAAGCGUUAGGCACCGAAAGCGGCACACUGCAGUCCGGGUUGCAGUGUGGCUUCGGUUCUUGAAAGACUUUUACACAAAUAAACUGCCCUUAUUUUUGUUAGUGUGAUUUGUUAACUCAGAAUAUACUUCCUCUCCGGGUGGGUAUGUUGAAGGUAAAUAGAUUUAUUUGUUUGUAGUUUGUAGCGACUUAGUUUAAAUGGUUAGGAAAACAUUUAAAAAAACCUCGGGUAAAUGGAAGCUGUUUUAUAGCCGAAUCGAUUGUUUUAAGUAUGAAUCAGAGUAAGCAAAGUAACUAUACGAAGGUAAUAAUCACAGACACACCUAAAAAUUGCUCAUUUGUUUUUCGACUGAAAUCGCAUACGAUGUGGUAGCAAACUGCAAAUUCAAGUUCAAGCUAAAAGUAUAACUGUCUAGCACGGAACGCGGUAUCAACUCAACACCGCAGCCUCGGAACACAAGCAGACGAAUGUCAGAAAAGAAGUUAAAGACAGAAAUAAACGAAGAACAUUCUAACGACAAAA